AUGCACUUGCGCCUAGGUUUUGUGCCCACCAUAGUUGUUUCUUCACCGCAAGCUGCUGAAUUGUUCCUUAAGAUCCAUGACCAUGUCUUUGCAAGUAGACCACCCAGUGAAGCUGCAAAGUACAUCUUUUGGGGGCAGAGGGACAUUGUCUUUGGUGAAUACGGUCCUUAUUGGCGCAACAUGCGUAAGAUGUGCACCUUGGAACUACUAAGCCAAACAAAGAUCAACUCUUUCAGAAGCAUGAGGCAAGAGGAGAUUGACUCGUUUAUCAAGCUUCUGAGAGAUGCAGCCAAUGAUGGUGUUGCCGUUGAUGUUAGUGCCAAGGUUGCAACACUGAGUGCUAACAUGAGUUGUAGAAUGGUUCUGGGAAAGAAAUACAUGGAUCAGGACAUGGAUAAAAAAGGGUUCAAAGCUGUGAUGCAAGAGUCAUUGCGUUUAGCCGCCGUUCCAAACAUAGGUGACUAUAUUCCUUAUUAA